GGUGUGCGACAAGGAAAUACGAUGUAGUAUACUGUGUAACGUUGUGUAGUCUAUUUGUAUUAUUUAUACCUAGCCACCGUUUUUCUGUAAAUUGGCAUAUGUACAAACCAUUUAACAAAAUGGGAUCGUUUUUUGUGAUUCCAAAUUACCGACAUGUUUUUCUACUUAAGAAAUAACACUAAUUGGUAACAUUUUAUAUAUUGUUGUCCAUAUUGUUGGAAAAAUACAAAUUUCAGACUGAAUGAAAUUUUACUUAAAAUUGAGUUAACUUUAAUGACAUGGAACUGGGACUUAACGUUUUAUUCAUUGUUAUAAUUCAAAUAGGAUAUUUAAAUGCACAACAAGACUGCUUAGAAACACAAUUCAGAUGUAAGACUGGUACAUGUAUACCGAAACAAUGGGUGUGUGACAAUGAUCCAGACUGCUCUGAUAGUUCAGAUGAACAAUCCUGUCCAAGAACAGACGAUAACACGAGAAGAUGCCCGGAUGAUAAUUUUCAGUGUAGUAAUGGAGUCUGUGUGAACAAUGCCUUUGUCUGUGAUGGUGAUCAAGACUGUUUAGAUGGGACAGAUGAACAAUGUGAAAUAAAGACUUUUCGACGAAUAUGCUACUUCACUAACUGGGCCCAGUAUCGUAACAAUGGCGCCAAGUUUACACCUGACAAUAUCAACCCAGAUCUCUGUACACAUAUUGUUUAUGCAUUUGCUAGAUUGGAAGGCAAGAAACUUGUGUUUACAGAGUACAAUGAUGAAAAGUUGUAUAAAGAAUUCAAUGGUAAAAAGAAUAAAACACGAGGAGUUAAGACAAUGUUAGCUAUAGGUGGAUGGAAUGCAGGCAGUAAAGCUUUUUCUGAUAUGGUGGCGACGCCAGAAAACCGGAUGACGUUCAUAAUGUCUACGAUGGAAUUUUUACGUAAACACAACUUUGAUGGAUUAGAUAUCGACUGGGAAUAUCCAACUCUCAGACAAGGGAAAAUGGAGGAUAAACCUAACUUUGCCCUCCUUCUUAAGGAAAUUAAAGAGGCUUUUGAUAUGGAGGCACAGAAAUCUUUACGUCGUAGACUACUAGUCUCAGCGGCGGUACCUACUGGUAGAAAGGUGGUAGAUUCGGGAUACGAUAUACCAACACUAUCUAAAUAUUUGGACUUUCUAAACUUAAUGUCAUACGAUUUUCAUGGCGGAUGGGAAAGGAAAACAGGUCAUAAUAGUCCAUUGUUUGGUAGCAGCAAGGAUACUGGUUCUGCUAACAUGAACACCGAGAAAGCAGCAAAGUACUGGGUUUCUAAGGGCACACCUAAACAUAAACUCAACAUUGGAAUAGCAACGUAUGGUCGGUCAUUUGUUCUGGCAGAUCCAGUCAAUGAUUUUGGUAUCGGUGCACCUGUCACCGGACCUGGUCCAAAAGGAUCAUUUACUCAGGAAAUAGGAUUUUAUUCAUAUUACGAGAUAUGUCAGUUGCAAAAAGACGGCCAAGGUAAGGUAUACAGAGAUGAAGAACAAAUGGUGCCUUACUAUGUGAAAGGAGAUCUGUGGAUCGGCUAUGACGACGAGGACAGCGUGAGAACUAAGGCAGAAUGGAUAGCUAGAGAAGGAUAUGGUGGUAGCAUGGUCUGGUCUCUAUCCCUGGAUGACUUCAGUAAAACAUGCUCAUCAUCAGUAGUACCAUUUCCUCUGACACAUGCAUUAUCAUCAACAUUAAAAAAUAUAGAAAGAACUAAAGUAUUAAAUCUCACAUCAAGUACGACCAGAAAAAUAGAUCCGAAGACAACAACACCUCGUCAUAUAACCCCAACAACAGUAACAACGACUACAGCAACGACGACGACGACGAUGAAAACUCCGACUACAUUUUCUCCAAUACCGGAAGCUACUACAAAGUUGUGGACAGCAGAUUUACACUACGAAACCGAACCCAAUAAGAUAGCACCACCUGCAAUCUGGGCACCAACCGCGAUGGUUUACGGAAAAUACUCAUUCUCGUGUAGACGAAAACCAUUUGGAUAUUUUCAAGACCCAAAUAACUGUAAUAAAUAUUUUGUAUGUCAUAUGGGACGAACAUUCCAUUAUAGAUGUCCAAGUGAAUUAAGAUUUAAUCCAAAGAAAAUAACUUGUGACUGGGCAGACUCUGUUACUUGUGACGAUGACGGUCGACCUACAAAUAAAUAGUAAGUGUAACGCAUUAGCCAAAUGUUAUUAUAUAUGCGUGUUCGUGUGUGUGUGUGUGAAAAGGAAAAUAAAGGUAUGCUAAAUAUCAAAACACAUAUACCAAUAUACAUAUCAAAGAAUGCUCUUUUAAGUUUACAUAGAAAUAUUAAAUCCUAUCCUCCUAUACUCUUUAAUCAGUUUAUACAUCUGUCUUAUAGAUUCAUCAAAGAUACCAGGCAUAUAAUUCAGUUCGCCAUACUCGCGUUUUGUCUACCUAAGACUCGAACCAAACAUGUUAGAGAGUAGGCCUAAAUCCAAUAUGAAGUUUAAGAGCAUUCAACACCAAAAAUCUAAAAUUUGAGCUCAAUGACUCAUAACAAACAAGAGUUUACACAGCAACGACAUAAACUUUAAAGUUCAUAUUGUCUUAUAUACGUCUUUCUUGUUUGUUUUCUGGUUGCUAUUUCAUCUGCAAAUACUAACCACAAUUUACCCUUUAGUUAUCAAAACGAGUUAACAUGAAUUGUUAUGAAGUUUUCAUCUUAUAAAUUCCUUUUAAAUUGACAGUAGAUGACGAUAGAUAUGAAAAUAAA